UGUGGGGUCGGGAGCACGCGGCCAUACAAACAAAAAGUAGCCUACAUGUCUCAUCAUGCCGGUCGUUUUGUGGAAAAACAUUGUUGUUUUUAUCACGAUCUCAACUAGCUUUGUCAUCUGUUUUCGUGACUCUGUGAAUCAUGAGGACAAUUUGGACAUACCAGCAAUCGCCAAAUAUUUCACCACGAAAGGAAGGUAUGAGGAAGUGAACCCGUAUCUCAUAAAGGACAUACUCGCUGUAAACACAUCUAUCCUUCAGCUUCCAUCUGCACAAUGUCAACCAUUUCAUCUGACGGCCAUAAUAAGACAUGGCACGAGGUACCCGACGAGCAAAAACGCCAAGAAGAUGCAGAAACUGUACGAGCUGGUCAUGAGCAGCGCCUCGGGCAAAGAGAGCUGGCUGCGGGAAAUCAAGAGUCAGUGGCGGAUGUGGUACACUGAGGACAUGGACGGCAGACUGGUGCAGAAAGGUGUGGAGGAUCACAAGCAUCUGGCCAUCAGGCUGUCAAAGCUGUUCCCCUCUCUGAUCUCAGAGGAGAAGCUCCGAGGAGGAUUCAUCAAAUUCAUAACCAGCUCAAAGCACAGGUGUGUCAACAGCACGCUGUCCUUCAAGGCAGGACUGACAGAGCUGUGGGCGAUUACAGAUAAGGAGUUUGACCACGCAGUGAAUGAUGCUCUCAUGAGGUUCUUUGACCAUUGCACCAGGUUUGUGCAGGAAGUUGAUCAGAACCGCACAGCUCUGUCAGAGGUAGUCAAGUUCAGACAGGGACCAGAAAUGAGGAGGGUCACGGAGAAGAUUGCAGACCGUCUCAGAGUCCCCUACAAUACCAUCAAUGACGAUAUGGCCGAAGCUGCAUUUUAUUUGUGUGCUUAUGAGUUUGCCAUCAAGACCGUGAACUCCCCCUGGUGUCAGCUUUUUGAUGAGGUGGAUGCACAGGUUAUGGAGUAUGCCAACGACCUAAAGCAAUUCUGGAAAAGAGGUUACGGUUAUGAUAUUAACAGCAAAGCGAGCUGCAUUCUCUUCCAUGACGUGUUUAGUCGACUGAACAAAGCAGCCGAUGAGAACAAGUCAGAUCAGCAGGUGACUGAAGCUGUGACAGUCCAGGUGGGCCAUGCAGAGACCCUCCUGCCACUUCUCACUCUUCUGGGCUUCUUCAAGAACAACGGAUCAAUCACUUCCACCAACUACGCCACACAGACCCAACGCUCCUUCCGCACCAGCCACAUGUUGCCCUAUGCAGCUAACCUCCUCCUGGUGCUGUACGACUGUGGAGCCGGAGACCUGAGGCUGCAGGCGCUGCUCAACGAGAAGCCUGUGACUUUCCCCGGGUUGAGCGACCAGCAGGCCUCCAUGCCUCGAUAUGAAGACGUCAAAGAGAACUACAGGGAGCUGCUCAAAGGCUGUGAUUUUGAGACCGAAUGUCAGCUAUCCAAGAGUCCUGCUUAACUCUGGGUAGACAGGGAAGAUCCAGGAAAAGAGGUCAUUAUAGUGGCUUUAAUGUAUUUUAAUUGCAAAAGGUGUGAACAUUGUGGUCCCCAUAAAGGAGUGUCAGAGUCUAAGGCGCCGUUUACACGAGGAGAAAACUGCUUGUAUCUGCAUAGUUUCGCGUGCGUAUAGCCCUAUUAUUUACACGAGGCCGAUAGAAACUGACCCCAC